AUGGAUAGGAGAAAUUGCUCCUCGUGGAAUGAAUUUGUGUUCUUGGGGAUUACCAAUACUCCUGAGACAAAAGUGAUUUUGUUUGUCACCUUUAUACUUGUCUAUUUCAUUAAUAUUCUGGCAAAUCUUGGAAUGAUCACUUUAAUCCUAGUGGACUCCCAGCUUCACACACCCAUGUACUUCUUCCUCAGUCACCUCUCUUUCUGUGACCUCUGCUACUCCACGGCCAUUGGGCCCAAGAUGCUGGUGGACAUAUUUGGCAAGAACAAAUCCAUUCCUUUCCUGGGCUGCGCUCUGCAGUUCUUGAUCUUCUGCAUCUUUGCGGAUGCUGAGUGCAUGCUGCUGGCAGUGAUGGCCUUUGACCGGUACAAGGCCAUCAGCAGCCCUCUGCUCUACACGGUGAACAUGUCCAGUAGGGUGUGCACUCUGCUCGUGGCUGGAGUUUACCUGGUGGGGAUGGCAGAUGCCCUGAUCCACACCACACUGGCAUUCCGCUUAUGUUUCUGUGGGUCUAAUGAGAUCAAUCAUUUCUUCUGUGAUUUGCCUCCACUUUACCUCCUCUCUUGUUCUGACAUCGAGGUCAAUGAGUUGGUAUUAUUCAUCAUUUUUGGCUUCAUCGAGGUGAGCACUAUCUCAGGAGUCCUCAUCUCUUACUGUUAUAUUAUUUUAUCAGUGUUAAAAAUUAGAUCUGCUGAGGGCAGGUUCAAAGCUUUCUCCACUUGUACCUCUCACUUGACAGCAGUUGCCAUUUUCCAGGGAACUGUGCUCUUCAUGUAUUUCCGACCAAGUUCCUCCUACUCCCUAGAUCAAGACAAAAUGACGUCUUUGUUUUACACCCUUGUGAUACCUAUGCUGAACCCUCUGAUUUAUAGUCUACGGAACAAGGAUGUGAAAGAGGCUGUGUUAAAGCUGAGAAAUAAAAGGUGUAUUUAA